UGGUGCUGACUUUAUAAAGGAAUAUCCAUUGGCACUUUCAAUAGACAGAGAGGAGCCUCACAGUGUCGCAGUCUGUCGGCGGAUGUAAUCCUGCACUCGCGCGCAACUGAGCCGCGCACUUUAACCGAGAGCCACGCUCCGUUUCUAAUCUUUUCUAUCGCUGUUAGUGGAUUUAUAUUCGCAAAGACAUUGUUUGAUUAUCGCUUAUAUUAAUGUCUUUCUGGAACAAUUCAACACCGGACGGAUAACCGUACCUUCGUUAUCUGAUGGGAGCGAUUUGUUGCCAAAGUUCUCCAGCGGACUAUAACGAAGUAGCGCCAGUUCAAACGUAGAGGUGCUGACCGACCUUUCGUCCAUUUUGUCGUUACCUCAAGAAAUUUCAUUACUUAACGUCGAUGCCGGUUAAAUAUUCGCGUAACGGAAAACAAACACUUCUGUAAAAUAUUGCGAAGAAUAGGAGCGGAUGAAGUUUGAGGUUACGCUGACCUGCUCUGUGGGGAGCGUUUGUGGGGCUGAAGCCAUGCUGAUCUUCAGUGCUGAGGGGUGGAGUGUGGUCUUGCACCAGAGCCUGUGCUAUUGAAGCGUCGUGCCGCUCCCUCAUGGCUCUAUGGGAGCUGCUCCUGCUGACUUUCAGCCUCCACUGCUGGCUGACAGGGUAUGCCAGUAUAGCUGAAGAAGGUCCGGCAGGCCCCCUGGACUGGCUUCUCUCCGACAAGGGCCCAUUUCACCACUCGCAGGAGUACACUGACUUUGUGGAGAGGAACCGUCAAGGUUUUUCUACGAGAUACAAGAUCUACAGGGAAUUUGGCCGCUGGAAAGUGAACAACUUGGCUGUCGAGCGACGAGAUUUCCUGAGCUCCCCCUUGCCUCUCACCCCAGAGUUUAUACGGAACAUUCGACUCCUGGGACGAAGGCCCACUGUUCAGCUAAUUACUGACAACCUGAUCAGGAAAUAUGGGACCCAUUUUCUGCUGUCAGCUACACUGGGAGGAGAGGAGGCAUUGACUAUAUUUGUGGACAAGAGGAAGUUGAGUAAGAAAGUAGAGGCGAACGACUACACCAGUAAUAGCACCGCUGUGACUCUGGAGGCCCUUCACCAGCUGGCUGCCUCCUACUUCAUAGACAGAGAGAGCACUCUGAGAAAACUACACCACAUUCAGAUUGCCUCCACUGCUAUCAAGGUAACUGAAACCAGGACUGGACCUCUUGGAUGCAGUAACUAUGACAACCUUGAUUCUGUCAGUUCUGUGCUGGUUCAGAGUCCCGAGAACAAAGUCCACCUGCAAGGGCUACAGGUCAUUUUGCCAGAUUAUCUCAGAAACACUUUCGUCGAAGCAGCUCUCAGUUAUAUCGCCUGCAAUGGAGAGGGAACUUUCGUCUGCAGAGACAACGACUGCUGGUGCAACUGUGACCUUAAAUUUCCAGAGUGCAAUUGUCCCUACACAGACAUUCAGUCCAUGGAGGAAAGCCUUUCACGAAUCUCUGAAUCUUGGGCCCUUAUUUACAAAGAAUUUGAAGAAUCAGAUGAAUUCAAAACGUUUCUGAUGAGGCUGCCUCAGAAUUUUUUUCUCAAUUCCUCAAUGAUCCAGCAUUUGUGGUCGCUGGAUGGCAUGUUUCAGCGCCGCUACGAUCAGCUGGAAGGCAGCAUGAGGAGUCUCUACAGGCGAGCGCAGCGAGUGGUGUAUAAGCUCUUUAGCUUGAGCAAAAGGUGCCAGAGGCAGCCCCACAUCAACUUACCACGUGAAAGGCCACGGUCAUAUUGGCUAAACUAUUUCCAGUCUUUACUCUACUGCUCUGAAAACAACCACCUGGGCUCCUUCUCUGAAGAGCUGCACACCUGCAUUUGCACAUAUGACCACAGUUCCUGCCAGGUACCCAUGCCGUGCUCUGUGGGAGAAGGUGGCGCCUGUGCCGCUUGCGCCACGGACAACCACACUCGCUGCGGAAGCUGCAACACUGGCUAUAUGUUAAGCCAGGGAUCCUGUCGACCAAUGGUUGCGGAUUCCACAGAAAACUACCUGGGCUUUGAGACUGAUCUUCAGGAUCUGGAGCUACGUUACCUUCUCCAAAGAGCCGAUCGACGCUUGGAGGUCCACGCAAUCUUUAUUAGCAAUGACAUGCGUCUGAAUACCUGGUUCGACCCUUCGUGGAGAAAGAGAAUGCUGCUUACCCUAAAAAGUAACAAAUACAAAUCCAACCUAGUCCACAUGCUCUUAGGCAUCUCACUUCAAAUCUGCCUUACCAAAAACAGCACGCUUGAACCAUCCCUCACGCUCUUCAUAAACCCCUUCGGAGGAAGCCACUCAGAGAGCUGGUUAAUUCCCGUGAACGAGAACAAUUUUCCAGACUGGAAGUCUGCUAAGCUGGACAUUCCGCUGGAGUGCUUUAACUGGACUUUGACUUUGGGCAACAAGUGGAAGACGUUCUUCGAGACCAUUCACAUUUAUAUGAGGAGCCGCAUCAAAGCUCCAGGUGCCGGGGCUAAUGAGAGCAUUUAUUUGGAGCAUUUGGAAAUAACCGACCCUACUAAGAAUCUGGGGUACAUGAAGGUCAACAGCAUUCAAGUGUUUGGGUACAGCAUGCAUUUUGACCUGGAAGCUAUCCGGGACUUGAUCCUGCAGCUGGACUACCCGUAUACGCAGGGCUCACAGGACUCGGCCCUGCUGCAGCUGUUGGAGAUCAGAGACCGAGUGAACAGACUCUCUCCGCCAGGACAACAGCUUCUGGAUCUGUUUUCCUGCCUGCUACGCCACCGGCUCAAACUGACAGCCAACGAGGUGGUGCGUAUUCACGCCUCGCUUCAGGCGUUCAGUGCACGCCUCCCCAAUUCUCUGGAUUACGAGACCACUAAACUCUGCAGCUAACAGCUAGGGUCUCACAGCUGACUGACAGCAAUAGAACAAUGUAAAAAUGCAAAGUAGACUGUUAAUGAGUCAAAGCUGCAAUGCUCUGACUUUCAAGAUUAAAGACGCUUUUGAAAGAAAUGAAAUAUAAGUAUUUCGUGAAUUUACACUCGCUAGUAGAUCAUUGCAAUCAAAAGAAAAACUCAUUUUUGUUGUAUAAUACAACACAGAGAUCCAAGAGAAGGGGUUUUAAAAAUAUAUGCUGUGUUUGUUUGUAAUUUUUAUAUGUUUUUUCUGCUUCAGUGACAGUGCGCUUUCUUCUUAAAGAAUACAGUGAUGUCAGUCCAUUUUGUAGAUAAAUUGUUAUUAAAACAUCAUGGUUGUAAUUGAGUAACGGUUGUUUUAUUUAUCAGCCUAUUUUAUUGCUAAUUGGCAGUUUGUUAUAUUGGAAAAUGAAAGAAAUUUUAUAUUUGCAAUUGAGCGAACUUAAUGAAAAAUUAAGUACGGCGACUAUGAUGUAAGACUUUGAUAAAAUAAUAAUGAAACAGAUUUAGGAAGGUAAUUGUGUAACAGCUUGAUCGGUUCAUGUUCUCCCUUUUGGUUCAGAUUUUAUUGGAAGGAGAGUGUUGAAGGUCUGGUUUUUUGAAAGUUGCUGGUUUGUUUUGUGUAUAAUUUAAAGACACUGUCUAUUGUUUACACAGCAUAAAACUUUUCUUUUCAUUUAAUCCUCUGCAUAUUUGACAUAUUCCCUCUGUUUUUAAGGGAUGAUGCAGUCUUUUUGAACCAUAGUGGAACAAUAUCACUAGACUCUCAAUUUGCCCACAGACUAUUUUACAGUUUUUUUUUAUAGCUAAAAGUGGUCAGGUGAUGCACAUCCUCACUCGUUAAGUUUUGUUAUGCACUUUUUUUGUUAUGAGGUUAAACAAUGCAAUUGGCAGAAGGUCUAUGAAUGCAAUACUUCAUAGGGUAAUUAUGAACCGAGCUAUAUCCAUCGACAGCAGUAAAAAUGCAAUGAAUUUGGCUGUUUUAUCCUUAUCCAGUUUGUUUACCUUUAUUUUUAUUUCAUUUCUCAAAAUUUAUUUUCAAGUGUUCAAAUUAUUUAAUCAAAUCUUUGUUAAUUGGCUCGUUUCAGCACACUAUGUUACUUCUGCAUCACCGCUUCUAUCAGUUUCUUUGAACCAUAAAAUCUACAGUAUAUAAUAACAAAUCAGCCUUAUAUUUGAAUGUAAGAGAUUUGCCAAACUGGGAAAGAGAUUGUUGAAUACAGUGUGCCUUUGUGAAUAUUCAGUAUACAUUUUUGUGUGCACCUCUGUAUAUAUUACACCAUUUUUUCAUGUUCACACUUGUCAGAAAUUUAAAUGAAUGUUUUUUUUCAGUUCGGUUAUUUCUCACCUUUCUCUUGCAUUACAUUAAUUGAUGCAGUGUGAAUGAUAAUUAGCUCCUGUUAACAUGUCACUUGAUGACAGAUUACAUUUACACUGACAAAAAAGUGUCAAUUGCCUCUUCAUAAUCUGUGUUAACACUCUUUACCUAGAAUUAGCACAAUAAAUAAGAUGAGCUUUAUCCAAUUCAGUUAGCUACCUUCUUUUAUUAAA